CAAAAAUGAACUCAGAGUCUACUACUGCUCGUCAUCGUCAACAUCACCAUCAACAUCACACAUCGCUAACCGAUUUCCCAUAUUCCUCGGAGGAAGACAGCUCCAAUUAUACCGGAAGUCCAUACCACUUUCAUGGAGCUAUUCCAACGGGGGACAAUUACAACCAGAACUGUUUGGAUAAUUGGCACGUGGAGUAUAUUGUGAAUGACGUCUCAUCUCUCCCGGGUUCCCAGCAAUUCUACGAUAAUUUAGAAGCCGGCGAGACAUCUUCCUCAUCCCAGAAGUCAUUAAGAAGUCGACUUACCCGUUCCUCUCAGCCACCAAGUCCGACGGUAUUGAAGAAACGCCGCCAAGCUGCUAAUGCUCGAGAACGCAAACGAAUGAACGGACUGAACGAGGCCUUCGACCGUCUGAGAGAAGUUGUUCCUGCUCCUGCCAUCGAUCAGAAACUUUCCAAAUUCGAAACACUACAAAUGGCCCAAACCUACAUAGUGGCGUUGUGUGAACUUUUGGAGAAAGGUGGCGACGAACAAAGUUAUUCGCUAUUCUCGGACAGCUCUUGCCAAGGAAUUAGUUUGCAAUAGGAGUAUAGGAAGUUAAAGUUCCUAUUCGGUUAGGUUCGGACUUCGGACCACUCAACUCCGUGGAAAUAUGGCCAGGCCAGUGAGUAUGAAUUUAUCGCAGAGAGCGCCAGUGUGUGACAACAGAACAAGUGAUAUCGAAAAAAGGACACUUCGCCGGAAGGAAGAUGGAGAGAAGCAUUUUAAGCCCAAGAACAACAUCAAACACUCGAAGAAGGAAGCUUAAUAAAUCGAAAAAAUAUAGACAACAAAAAGACAAAACUUUAAAAAAAAAAAGGAGAAGAAACAACAAACGUUUGUCCUUGUGGCGGAGAAUCCUGCAGAGAGCGAUUUAGUAGUUCAUAGUUUAUUGUUAGGUAUUUACGAAGAGAUAUUUUUGUAGAACAACACUCGGAAGGAUAAUAAAUCGAUUAGUGUUUUUUUCUUUCUAUUUUUCUAUUUUA